AUGACUUCGCCAGCAGCCUCUCCUCCCUCUUCGGUGCCCUCCUCGCCGCGCAGGAGUCUGUUCAGCCUUCCCGGGCUGGGCAAGAAGAACUACACCCCCUCUUCGGCUGACGGCGCCACCACGCCUGGCGGUCACAUGACCACCAUUGCGCAGACGCCCAUCCUCGAAUCGUCGAACCCGCUCGAGAAGGCGGUUGUGCCCUCGGAGGCGCGCGAGCAGCAGAUCGUUGGUGUGCCCGGCGCCAAGCUCGAGAACGAAGUGGCCAAGAUCCUGAUUGCGCUCGACGGCACCGAGGCGGGCGACAAGGCAUACAAGUACCUGCUGGAGAACAAGCUGCUACGAACCGACAGCCACGUGUUCCUGUGCACGGUGCUUCCCGCCAAUGUCAUUUCCACACCCUGGGUCGCCGGACCGCUCACCAUCGACACGGAGAAGCACAACGAGCUGCUCAAGCAGAUCCGUGCGCAGGCCAUCGAGAAGCUCGAGCCGUACAAGGCACAGCUCAAGCAGAAGGGCUUCAACGUCACCAUCCACGUGCUCCACGGCGACGCACGCGCAAGCUUGCUCCGCGUGGCCAACUACCACCACGUCGACCUCGUGCUCGUAGGCAAGAGGGAACGCAGCUGGAAGAAGGGCUUCGGUUCGUCGGGCACCGUAUCGAGCUACCUCGUCUCGCACUCGACCGCACCCGUCCUCGUCAUCAAGUAA